AUGCGAACCAUGAUGUUGUUACGAGUAGUAGAACGAUGUAAAGCGGGGGAUGGGGGCAUGGGUGGGGGUUCAGCGAAAUGUCCAGACGACAAAAGCCAGAGCAUUGAUCGGGGUUCAUCGAGUGAAAUGAUACUGCGAUUUCGAGAGGAGCAGUUACAACGAUUGGCUAGCGAGCUGGACGUCUUGAACACGCUGACGGAGACCAUGGCCAAGCGGAUUGAAGGACUGGAGGCCAGCGUGAAUGAGCUUGCAUCCGCCAAUCAAGAUUGUACGAGGCAGUUGCUGGACGAGAGACAAACGGCAGCUGAGUUAAGGAAACAGCUUGCCGUUCAAACGAAAAUGAAAGCGCCUCUGUCGUUUCUGCCGUUUAACGGGUUGGUGACAAGACCCCCGGCAUCUCCGAACGACGUGACCGCCAUCAGUACUUUGCUGCAUAUGUUUUGUGAAGAUGUGAGCAGACACACAUGUGUGAGCACAGAAAAUUGCGUACCGGAACGAGGAAACCUACAGAGUGGUCAGGAGAGUAGUGCACGUGGUGAUACACAUAAGGGUAACACAUAA